ACCCUUAACACGAAGGAUUACAUACUGGUAUCUAAAAUAAAACAGUUUUCCAAACUGGACUUUUAAUCGACGCAGGUGGUAAUAAUUAAAGGAAGACCAACGCCGGAGCUAAAAUGUUUGUUUCAGACAGUGAUCUCCAUCGAGACAGAGAGACUUUUAAAACCGAAGAAAGAUAAGGAAGACUUCUAUAAACAAGUUAUCGAUGCUUUUGUUCAGAAGGAGCUGCGCAUGGACUUCAUUUAUAAGUAAAGACAUCAUGACUCACCACUGCACCAAGUUCUCUGGACACUGGAAGAUCAUCGUGUUCGACGAGGAGUGCUUCCAGGGCCGCCGCCAUGAGUUCACGUCCGAGUGCAGCAACGUGAUGGAGUUGGGCUUCGAGACCGUGCGCUCCCUGCGGGUGGAGAGUGGAGCCUGGGUGGGUUACGAGCACGCCUCCUUCCAGGGCCAGCAGUUGGUUCUUGAGCGCGGCGAGUACCCGCAGUGCGACGCCUUCGGCGGAAGCAACGCCUACCACAUCGAGAGGUUGACCUCCUUCCGGCCCAUCGCAUGCGCCAACCACCGAGAGUGCCGCAUGACCAUCUUUGAGCGGGAGAACUUCCUGGGUCGCAAAGGCGAGCUGAGCGACGACUACCCCUCCCUGCAGGCCAUGGGCUGGUGCAACAACGAAGUGGGCUCUCUGCGGGUCCAGUCGGGAGCCUUCGUGUGCUACCAGUACCCCGGUUACCGUGGUUACCAGUACAUCAUGGAGUGCGACCGUCACUGCGGCGAGUACAAACACUUCAAGGAGUUCGGCUCCCACAGCCAGACCCCCCAGAUCCAGUCCAUCCGCCGCAUCCAACAGUGACCCUUAACCUUUGACCCCCGCUGCUUUCCAGCUGAAUAAACUGUUUUUCCUAAACAUCA